AUGCGUAUCUCACCCCUCUCACGUAUCCGCUAUUCAUGGAUCAGCAAGGUGGUCGCUAACCACCAGGUGACGUGGAGUCUACUUCGUCUCCUCGAGAUGCUGGUUGGCUUGUUACCCCAUCAAAUGAUCAACCCAAGUUGUCCCAAGGCAGAGCGUCUCUUGUCUAGAAUUUUCACGCACGCUAUUUAUCUACGUCUCAUCAUGUAA